AAAAUGGCGAUUAAUGGCUGUAAUCUUUCGUUGGAAAUGAUGGAUGUUGAAAAAGAAUUGAAGGAAAUUGACGAAAAUAUAAGCUUAAUGAGAAAAAGGAAAGAAAUACUUCUUCAAAAAAAGCGUGAAAUCGAAAAACGGAUAAAUGCUAGGAAUGAUAAUGUGAAUGAUUCGUUAUCACGAUGGGAAAAUGAUGAAUAUCCGUGGACUAAAAAAUGUUAUUCUAUUCUUCACAAAGUUUUUCGCUUGGACGACUUUCGACCACUUCAACGAUCUGUCAUUAAUGCCGUGUUGUCGAACGAAGACGCAAUACUGAUAAUGAGUACAGGUGGUGGAAAGAGUCUUUGUUAUCAACUGCCAGCAAUAUUUUCUGAAGGUAUCACUUUAGUUGUUUCUCCACUGGUUUCGUUAAUCGAAGAUCAGCUAUAUCAUUUAAGAAAUCUUCAUGUCGAAGCAGCGACAAUAAAUCAGGCAACUACUAAAGAAGAAGUGAAGCGAAUUGAAAAUGCAUUGGUCGAUUCCAGAUCAUCAUUUCGCUUGUUGUAUGUCACUCCUGAAAAAUUAGCUAAAAGUAAGCGGAUCAUGAAUAAACUGGAAAAAUGUGCUGAGCUUAAUCGCCUUAAACUAAUAGCAAUUGAUGAAGUACAUUGCUGCUCACAGUGGGGAAAUGAUUUUCGUCCUGAUUUCAAAUUUCUGAAUAUUCUUAAAAGAAUUUUUAAAAAAGUGCCUAUAUUAGGAUUAACAGCAACAGCUACGACAAAUGUAAUUGGAGAUGUUAAGAACAUUUUAAGUAUUCCAGCUGCACUUGAAUUCCGUGCCGACUUUAAUCGACCCAAUCUUUUUUAUGAAGUUCUGCCUAAAUCUUCAUGCAGCGAUACUUUCGUGAAUAAUAUUGUUUCACUCAUCAAAGAUCGCUUUGGUAGUCAAAGUGGUAUCAUCUAUUGCUUUUCAAGGAAAGAAUGUGAAAAUCUCGCUAAAACUCUCAGAUCCAAAGGCAUUAAAGCAGCGCCUUAUCAAGCUUUUAUGGAGAAUGAAGAAAAAACGAAAAUACAUCAGAAAUGGGUUAACGAUGAAAUUCAAGUCAUAGUGGCAACAGUUGCUUUUGGAAUGGGAAUUGAUAAACCGGAUGUUCGAUUUGUUAUUCAUCAUUCGAUGGCAAAAUCGAUGGGAAAUUAUUAUCAGGAAAGUGGUAGAGCUGGUCGUGAUGGGAAUAAAGCUCUUUGUUUACUUUAUUAUUCGUUGAAUGAUCUCUUUCGAUUAAGUACGAUGGUUUGUACAGAAAAAACGGGUAUAACCAAUUUAUACUCAAUGCUUGAUUAUUGCCUGGAGAGCAGGAAGUGUCGACGCUCAAUCUUUGCCAAACAUUUCGACACAGCAUGUGAUCAAUUAUUGUGUAAUCAAUCGUGUGACAUUUGUAAAGAAGAUGGAAAUAGUUUAGUUUCCAGACAAGUUGAUGUUACAGAAUGCUGGCGAACUAUGACUGAUAUUCUUGAAAAAGUUAGUAAGAAAAAGCAAAAUUAA